AGCGGCUCAGGUGCACUUUAGCAUCACAUCCUGCCUGAAAGCUGGACCAACAGUCAGUCAGCUCAAACAACUGGUUUUGGUUCUGCAGGUCAUAAAAGCCAACCUCUUCCCCUGCCGCUGCUCAUCAUCAACAUCACAAUGCCUCAUCGCAGCUGCUCCAUUGAGAUUAACAACUCCUCUGGCUGCUACACUCUCGCCAAUCCAAGGGUGUUCACUGAGAGUGGCUGUUGUGAGGUCCCACUGCCACCCAUGCUAGGACCCUGCUCCGCUGCCAGCGCACUAUUCAACAAGACCACCGGCGCCGCAACCGGAGCCGUCGGCGUAUUCACCUACGACCUUUUCAACGCCGACCUCAACGACUACAGCCACGUCAUGGCAGUCAUGUUCUCCGUGCCCUACGACCGAAACCUCUACUCCAACUGGUUCGCUGUGGGGAUCUUUGAAAGAGGGAACGACUGCGACUACAAUCUUUAUGAUAUAAUGUAUAAUGGAAGCGAAAAUAAUUUUGUAAGAGCAAAGGCUGACGGCUCCUGCAUUUCUUUUGAGGGCGAUUAUGUUAUUGUCAGUGCCUCCAUGUCAGACUCAGGUGAAGCGGUGCUGAGGGUGGAUAUCAAUGAUACUGGAAUGUAUUAAGUCAAAUGAAGAAAGAUGCUACUGUUGUUAUGCCAUUUGAGAUGAUCACAGCCAUUUUAAUAAAAUAUUUCAAACUCA